UCUUACGUGCUCCAACGAAUACCCAGGCUCUGCGUCACACCGUGAGCUGCCAGCACCGGAUCCUCUGAUAACCAUCACAUGACAGAUGGCAAAGAGUUACUCGCCCCAUGCAUUUGGAAUAUAUACAGUUGUUGUAAAGUCGCUUUCGGAUUUGAUUCGGCUGAUGAUAUUCAUGAAUGUCCUCGUCAACGCAAGUCCCACCACAGCCAUUAUAUCUUGACCCCAGGAGCACUUACGGAGCAUUUUUUAUUGGGUCUAUUCUUGCAGCAGUGCUCUUUGGUCUAACCAACAUUCAAGCUUUUGUCUAUUUUCGGACGCACGUUGGCAGAUGGACAGCAUAUUAUAGGUUCAUCGUCUUGUUGCUUUGGGCACUUGAUGCCGUGCACCUGGGGUUGACCAUCCAUUGCGUCUAUUAUUAUUUGGUGACCAAUUUUGCGAACUUCGCUGUGCUCUCAGAAGUUAUAUGGAGUUUUAGACUUCAGAUAGUUGUCAACGUUCUCAUCAUCUAUGUGAUCCAUCUGCUGUAUUCCCACCGCAUAUGGAUAGUUGGCAGGGACCGGUCAAUAAUUUUCCGUAUAAUACCGGGCAUAGUCAUUAUCCUGGGUUCGGGUAAGUUCAGUCUGUCAACGGGAAUAUUCUCCGCUCGACUUUUGAAAAAUCCUUCAGGUGUUGCCAUCGCCCUGUUUUGGGUAAUAUAUUACCACAAUCCAAGCAUGGGGUUAUUUAUGAACCAGUGGAUCAUAUACUUGGCUUUGAGCGCAGCUGUUUUCGUCGAUGUACUCAUUACAAUUUCAUUAUGGUAUCUCCUCGCUAGCUCCCGCACUGGGUUCUCUCAGACGGAUUGCUUGAUCACAAGGCUCAUCUGUUACACCAUCGAUAGUGGUUGCCUGACGAGUGUAUGUGCAUUGACAUCUAUCAUUAUGUGCGCAAUAAUGCCACACGACUACAUCUUCCUCAGCAUUCAAUUUAUAGUGGCUAAACUCUAUGUCAACUCGUACAUCGCACUUCUGAACGCGGAGUACUACACACAAUCUAACACAGACGUCUUUAAUUCUUUCGAACUUCGUGAGCCCGAGAGGAGCUCCUUCGACACCGGUACUAUGCUGAAUGAUCUGUCGCACGAGAAAUACCCAUCAUUUCAGAGGAACAUGCUUACUCGUCCCGAAGUUGAAGUCAUACCUCCCACUCGACCCUUAGGGGUUGUCGUGUCACGCAGGUCGAUUUUAGUAACGGUGGAGAAGGAGUCUUUCAUAGAUGUAUAGAAGAAUUAUCAGUCCAUCGAGUCCUGAUGCUGUAUGCGGUUGCACUUGAGACGGAGGGUGGUUCUCGUGUACAUCAUUCCAAAUACUUACAUUGAACAAAGAAUUUCACUGGAUCGCACGCACCAUCAAGCUGUCCGAAGACUGCGACUGCGAGCCUUGCUCCACCGGUCCGGAGGCCUAGCUUUGAUGCGGGCUAUCGACAUUGUGAUCGCUGUCCAAACUUCUGGGCCACGUAAAUCGAUUCAUCAUGGUACACACAUUGCGUGAAAAUGUUUUUCAUCUUCUAGCCACUCUACGAGAGUCAUCGCAUGCAAGCACCUAACGUUUCAAAUCCGCAGUUCCUCGCCCCUCUGGGCAAGACUACGUCGGUUCAAGCCGGGUACUUCGGAAUCGUCGUACACCGUGACGCAUACAUGCAGGAG